AUGAAGAUUUUCGGACAAACGGUGAUUCGUCUUCCAAAGGAGCCCAUCUCGCCACCCAAGGAAUCGGAUGCAACUUGGCGCGCGAAAUUCUAUGAACGCUCCCUCUCGCCAGAGUUCACUGAAUAUUCUUCGAAUGGCUCGGCAACGAACAACGCUCGCUACGAGUACUCUUCUGAUGAUAAUAACUCAGAUGACGACGAUGAAUACGCUUCGGAUUCGAACAUGUCUCAUUCGGACACGGACACUUCAGCUGCCAACUCUGAGUCAGAGGGAGAAGAACAUGAGAAGAAUUAG